AUGAAGCCAGUCCCCCUGCUCCUGCUCCUCUGCUCGGUCCUCCUCUCAUCGCACCUCCGCCCCGCCGCCGGCAGACCGCGCAUCCCUCCCGGCUGGCUGGAUGGCAGCGGCCGCCUCCAGACGCAGCAACUGAACGAGGUGCUUCUGAGAGCGGCCGCCGCCGGGGACAGCACCGCCUCGGAUCUGCUGGGCGACAACAUCCUGAGGUUCCUCCAAAGCAGGAACCCGGACCCCCUGCGGCUGCUCCCACCUGAGGAGGAGAGCCAGGAGGAGGAGGAGGAGGCGGUGAGGACGGCGGCGCAGCUGCUGAAGCGGAGCGAAGAGCCGCCGCUGUCCAUCGACCUGACCUUCCACCUGCUGAGGAAUAUGAUCCAGAUGGCCAAGAUGGAGAGCCAGAGGGAGCAGGCUCAGCUCAACCGCAAAGUCCUCGACGAGGUCGGGAAGUAA